CCCCAUUUAUACCAGACGGUGUAUUUGAUUUAUUUUCCCUCUCUCUUCUAUCUGGCUCUGUCAAAUGAAUCACACAACUCAUUCUUUUCUUUCUUAACAACAACAAGUGGGGUGAACAAACAAAAACCUGAAAGAAAACAAGUGGAAAGUUCUUCCUUCACUUUCAAACAGAUCUCACAUUCCUCUCUCAGUUUCAGUUUUUCCUUCUCAUUCAUGGUUUUUUAAUCUCUUCAUCUCCAACUCUGCAACAAACAACAAUGAAUUCUCAAACACCCAAAACAUCAAAAUCCACUAGACCUUCACCACCACCACCACUAACCAAAACACCCACAUCAUCAUCAACAUCAUCAAGAUCAUCGUUUUCUUUAUCCUCUCAUCUAGCAAUGGUUGACCUAAAACAGAAGAUUCUGACUUCAAUUUCUAAACUCUCAGACAGAGACACUCACCAGAUUGCAAUUGAAGACCUAGAAAAAAUCAUCCAAACCCUAACUUCAGAUGGUGUUUCAGUUUUCUUAAAUUGUCUUUAUGAUUCUACUAAUGAUCCUAAACCCACUGUCAAGAAAGAAUCUCUACGUCUUUUAGGGUCUCUAUGUACUUCUCAUACUGAUUUCACAUCAACUCAUCUCACUAAAAUCAUUUCAUUUAUCGUCAAAAGACUUAAAGAUUCUGAUUCAAGUGUUAGAGAUUCUUGCCGUGAUACAAUUGGGACAUUAUCUUGUUUGUAUUUGAAUGGUGAUAAUGGGAAUGUUGGGUCUGUUUUGUCUUUGUUUGUUAAGCCAUUGUUUGAAGCAAUGGGUGAACAGAAUAAAGUUGUCCAAGCUGCUUCAGCAUUGGCAAUGGCAAGAAUGGUUGAAUCUUCUGUUGAUAUGCCUGUUACUGUCUUGCAGAAAUUGUGCCCUAGAAUUUCUAAGUUCUUAAAUAAUCAGAAUUUUCUUGCUAAAGCAGCACUCUUCUCUGUGGUCUCUAGUUUAUCUCAGGUAAAAGCAAUCGCACCUCAGAACUUUGCAAGUUUGUUGCAAAUCAUGCAUGACUGCCUUGAAAGUAGUGAGUGGUCAACGCGUAAAGCUGCAGCUGAUACACUGAUUUCAUUAGCUUCUCAUUCCAGUCAUUUGAUUAAGGAUGGAGAUGGAACAUCUUUGAUUAUAAACAAACUUGAGGCGUGCCGCUUCGACAAGGUGAAGCCUGUUCGAGAUAGCAUGACAGAGGCAUUGCAUUUGUUGAAGAAGAUUUCAGAAAAGAAUGUUGAUGGAAUUCCAGAUGACCCAAACCCAACACCAGAAGAUGGAAAAAGUUUAGAACCCCCCCAGACAAAAAUCCUAGACCCCAAAAGUACGAAUCCUGAUGAAAAAAGUUCGACGGCAGCGAAUGAUGCAUCCAUCAUUUCGUCCCCAGCAGCUGAUUCUCUUUUGAAUGAAAAGGAUAAUAGCAUAUCAGACAAAACAGUCGGAGCAAUGAAGAAGAAACCACACACCUUCUCUGACAAGGAGUUGAACCCAGAAUUCUUCCAGAAAUUUGAAACAAAUACAGGCGAUCUGCCCGAAGUAGUGCUCCCCCAUAGAUCUCACAGCUCUUCAAUAUCACAAAGCGAGGAAGAAUUGGAGCCAAAUGAUACAGAUCAUUUUUGCAGAUUGAACCAUAAUGGAAAGAGUGAGUCAAGUGAUAUUCAUAGAUCUGUCAAUAUAAAUUACCAUAAGAUUGAACGAGAAACUAUUGGGCUGCCUAAUAAACAUCUUUUUGACGAUUUAGGACGUGAUAAGUGGGCAGUACAGAGAUCAAUUAGAGGUAAAGAUGCAAAUAUGCGAGCAUAUGAUGUUGAUAAUAGUGCCGAAGCCAGUUUCAGGGAGGAUUCGUGCAGUGCUGGCGUUGGUUUGCCAAGAAAUGAAUCUCAGGUUGAAAGUUCCAACAGUAAAGUAAACUGGUUAGCCAUUCAAAGGCAGUUGUCACAAAUGGAAAGACAACAAGCUCAUCUCAUGAACAUGCUACAGGACUUCAUGGGAGGAUCACAUGAUGGCAUGAUUACUCUAGAGAACAGAGUAAGGGGACUUGAGAGAGUUGUUGAGGACAUGGCACGAGAUUUGGCAAUAUCAUCAGGAAGAAGAACCAAUAACUGUUUUACAGGAUAUGAGGUAUCCUCAUCUAGAACAUUAGGCAAAUAUAAUGUCCACCCUUUUCCAGAGAGGUACUCCGCUUCUGAUGGUAUUGGUUCGGGAUUCAGAGGAAGGGACACACACUGGAGAUCUGAUGUUUCUGAAACAUGGGAUUCUUAUCCUUACAAUUCUUCAAGAAAUGGACAUUUAAGUUCCAGAAGAGCUUUAGGUGGAAGGUCACCUGUACGAGAAAAUGAUGGCGAUCAGGUUGGGAGCAGAAGAGGUUGGGACAAGGGACCAGGUUCGACUAGGCUUGGUGAGGGCCCAUCUGCUAGAAGUGUCUGGCAAGCUUCGAAAGAUGAGGCAACUUUGGAAGCAAUCAGAGUUGCUGGGGAAGAAAAUGGCUCAUCUCGACCCAUAGCACGAGUUGAAAAGGAACUAAUUGGUGAAGCAGUGGGAGAUGAGAACGCUGGUCAUGACCGAGGAUCAAUUUGGGCCUCAUGGAGUAAUGCAAUGGAUGCAUUACAGGCAGGUGAUGUUGAUUUGGCAUAUGGUGAAGUGUUGUCCACGGCUGAUGAUCUUUUGCUUGUGAAGCUGAUGGAUAGAACUGGUCCUGCACUGGAUCAUCUUUCUGAUGAAACAGCAAACGAGCUUUUGCACGCUACAGCACAGUUUCUACUGGAACAAAACUUGUUUGAUAUUGGUUUCUCUUGGAUUCAGCAGUUGGUAGAUUUGGUGAAUGAAAACGGAUGCGAGAUCUUCAAUAUAUCUAUGGAAAGCAAAAGACAGGUAUUGUCAAACUUACAGGAAGCGUCUACAACAAUUGAACCGCCUCACAACUGGGAAGGUCCGUCACCAGAUCAACUGAUGUCGCAGUUAGGAUCAGCUUGGGGGAUUGAGUUGCAACAGUUUCAGAAGUAGUUUUAUGGAACUCAGAAGCAUGUGCCAAAAAAUAGUCUGUAUUCACUUUUUUACGCUUGCAGAAAGAUGAGCAUGUACAGUGUGUACCAUCUUUCAUGUGAUGCGAUUGCUGGGGGGACAGAAUUACAGGAUUUCCAAAAUGCAUUCAGGUAGUACAAUAUCACUUCGAGUUUGUUUGUAUAUGGGUUUUAAAGUGAUAAUCUCAGGUUUGAGAAAAUUUGAAAAAAUCAGUAGUAC